AUGAACAAAGGAGUGAUCAAACUCAAUAUCAAUGUACAUCCCAAUGCAAAGCAAUCAUCUGUUGUCAGUGUUGGAGAUGAUGGUUCAAUCGACAUUAGGAUCUCACAACCUCCAAUCGAUGGAAGGGCUAAUGAUGAGGUCGUAGACUUCCUAUCUGAUGAGUUAGGCGUCAGACGAAGAUUGAUACAAGUGGAGAAGGGUCUAAAGAGUAGGAACAAGGUGGUGUCUAUAGAUGUCAGUGAGCACAAGGAGUUGAUGACGAUGGAGACGAUCAUUGAGAAGCUUCGAUCAAAGAUUGAGCUAUAG